AUGCCGGAGACAGCCUCUCGCUCGUUUGCCGGGCAAGAGGAAGCCUGCUUCAGUUCGACCGAGACACGAGCCUGUCGCGGCCCGUUCACUGACGUGUACACUUGCGCCGAUAAGCUGAGUGUUGCUCACGCCUUUGCGGUAUCUCGUGGCGUUUAUCGGCCUUCAUUAAACACGACACACAAAGACGAGCUCAUGGAAGUGGGGCUCGAACUGAGAUUUAACGAGACCCGGACGCACGCAGCGGGGACCAAGGCCGAUGACUGUUGGCACCGCCGUACGAUGCUCAAGUGGGGUCCAAAGCAUAAAUAA